CUAGGUUAUUGUUUGAAAGCGCCAAGUAUGGUGGCCCGUCUGCUGACCUUGCGACACUCUUUCCGGAGGAGCGUUACACAUCUCAGGAAUUACAGUCCUUAUGGAAGCUACAAAAAUGAACAUGGACCAUCAUACUAUCUUAUACCGGAGAUACCUUGCGAAUCGUAUGUAUCGCAAAAUAUCUUGAAGCCACUCAGCAUUUCAAAUUUAGAGGACCUGAAACCUGACAGAGUGUUCGGAGGAAUUUCCAAACUAAUUAUGAAUUAUCAAGUUUCCUUAUCAAAGUUAUCAGACUCUAUCCAGAGUGGCAAGCUUAUGAAAAAUGAUACCACCAUCAUAUCCGCUCUUGAGCAAGCAUCUUUUCCUGUUGAGCAGGCCUUCUGCAAUCUAAACUGUCUCACCAGUGUAAAAGAAGACCCAAUUUGGACCCUGGUAGUGUCACGCCUGUACCAGAAAUUGAAAGCUGCCAGACGUGAAUAUCUUUGCCGUGAUUCUUCUAUUUAUGAAGCUCUUCUAACACUUAGACGUACGAACUCCAGUAUGGAUGAAUAUGAAAAAGGCUUGUUGGAUGCAUGGAUCUAUGAAUGUUGGUUAAUGGGUACUGAAUUAUUACUUCCUCCUAAUAAACCUUCAUUCUCCGAAUUCAAAGGAGAUGCUUCUGAAAUAGGAAACUCUAGAUCAUCCUCAAACACUAUUUCACAACACUCUCCGAAGUCUUUAGAAGCUAUACACGAUGUACAUACAAAUAUAGAUAAAGAAGAGGUCCAGUUUCAAGCAAUGGUUGCAUCCUCAGCUUCAGUAUCAACACCUCAAAAUUCAAGUUCAAGGUUUUCUGGUCGUAUAUCAACACCGUCAUAUUUAGAUGUUCUUACAGGUGCUACAGAUAUAAGAGUUGCUGAGUCAGAUUUAGCUCCAUCAGCACCAUAUUGGCUGCCUGCAGUUCUGGGUGGUAAAGAAGACGGUGGACAUAUAGCUGGUAUGCAUAUCAAUUUAUCUUCGAACGAAAUAGUCAGUACAUUCUUGAAACAUUGUAGCAAUAGUGAGUUACGUCGGUUGGUAUGGGAAUAUUGGGUUCGGCGUGCAAGUGAUCGGUAUUUUGGUCCAUCAACUGGUUUACAUGCAUCUAAUGAUGGCCGCAUACAACACCUUCGCCGUUUACGAGCAUCUUUAGCGAAACAUCUUGGUUGUAAAGAUUGGUUAUCUGUAGUUUGGAGCUCACCCUAUGCAUGUUCACCAUCAUCUCCUGACAGUUUGACCAAUGAUAUUCUUGAGCCUUUCAGAACCAUUUUGAAACAAAGUGGUGAACGUGACUUCAAAUUAUUGAGAGAAUGGGCAAAUGCGAAUCUAGAUCUACCUGGCAAAACUUUAGAAGCUUGGGAUGUAGAUUAUGCAUUGGAACAAUAUAAUUAUGCUGCUGAUUAUACACGCUUUGAAACACUGGUCAGUCCACCAAACGGCUCUUUAUUGAAUUACCUGCAUACUGUCUUCUCUGAGCUAGCAGAAAUGUUCCAUUUAAAGUUGACUACUGAAAUACCAAGAUCUUCAGAAAAUGAUAUGUCAUAUAUUGUUGAAAAAUUGGUAUAUCAUGUCGAAGACAUGUCAGAUGGUACACUGCUUGGUGAAAUAAUUAUUGAUCCGUUUUCUAGAAACGGUCGUUCAGUUCCUGUCGGAGGUAAUAUAUUUGCUCCAGUGGCAGCAAGAAAUAAUUUAUCUGCAAGUGAUAGUUGUAUACUUUCUGGAUCCUCUCAAUAUCCAAUUGUUUAUCUCUUAGGCAGUUUGAAUCCAUCAAGUGAAACACUUGGUAUUUCUUUCGGUGCUUUACUUUCAUUUAUGUCCUCCUUUGGAUCGUGCCUUCAAUAUGUUGCAUGCCGUGUACCACAUCAUGAGUUGUAUAGUUUUCCUCAUUUCAUGGCAUUGGAUAGUCGUUUCCUAAUGUCUGAUCUAUGCUAUAGCAUAGGCGUUAAUAAUGCAUUGCCUUCAAUACGACAACAACGUGGGCCAAAUAAUCAAAAGGCUCAUUUUCAACCAUCCGCUGUUGGUUUAAGAACUCCGCCUAAACGUAUUAUGUCUUUGUAUAUUCUUCGAGAACUGUACGAGUCUAGAUUUGAUUUAGCCCUUUGGUCGAAUAAAGAAUCAGAAACAAAAUGGUCAACAUUACACAAAGAUUUCUGGAAAAUGCAUAUGCCAUAUCCUCUACAUCCAGAUGAUCAAUGGCCGUGCUCAUGCACUGAACUUUUUGGGCCUAAUUCACAAGCGGGUUUAUUGUAUUAUCGAAUUUGGCGUAGAAUUCUUUUACAGGAUGUAUUGUGUUCACUACAAGAUGCUAAUUGGCUGUCUGAAUCGCAUAAGGCAUCGGAAAUAUUCAAGCGCUUCCGUGAAACAUACUUGACUUAUGGAAGUGCCAUCCCACCAGCUGAAUUAUUUCGCCGCUUCCGUGGAAGAGAUCCUAAUCCCAAAUUACUUUUAAAGGAUAUGGAUCAGUCAUUUAGUGGAACUAUAGAACCGUCUACAGCAACUGAAGGUGUUGACGCUAUACUUGUUCGUUGACAGUAUUUCUUUUUAUUUCGCAUAAUCAAUAAUGUACACAUCUUCUAAGCUUUAUCUACUUACUUUUUACGUAGAAUCUUGUCAUUAACACCCCAAGAAAGAAUUUCGUCACUUGUACAUUUCAUAAUAAAUUUGUCUUAGAUUACUGCAAUGUGAUAUUUACAAUUAAUAAUGAAGCAUAAAAGUAAUUUGAUCUUUGACAUUUGUUUUUAUUUUUGUUUUAAUUGUAUCGGUACAAAGAAGUACGGUUGUGGUUACCUGGGGU